CGACAUUCUGAAUAUUCGAUUGCGCGUGACCCGGGAAAAUGAAUUCCUACGGACUUCUUGUGAUUUUUCAGUAUUUGUCACUUAUCUGUGGACAUUCUGUUCCCUUUAAGGAACUUUUUCUAGAUCAACAUGUUGAUCAUUUCAAUUUCGUAUCAUUUGGUCAGAAGACAUUUAAAGAAAGAUAUUUAAUCCAAGAUCAGUGGUGGAAACCUGGAGUUGGUCCAAUCUUCUUCUACACAGGAAAUGAGGGCCCAAUAGACACCUUCUGGGACAACACUGGCUUCGUGUUCGAUAUCGCUCCCGAGUUUAAUGCCCUUGUGGUGUUUGCUGAACAUCGUUUCUAUGGGAAAUCAUUACCCUUUGGGAACCAGAGUUUUUCUCAUCCAUAUAUUGGGUUGCUGAGCAUUGAACAGGCCCUUGGGGAUUAUGCAGUUUUGUUGACUACUCUUAAACAGGAAUUGAAUGCUACUUCCUGUCCCGUCAUCAGCUUCGGUGGAAGCUAUGGGGGGAUGUUAAGUGCUUAUAUCAGAUUUAAGUACCCAAAUCUAGUGGCAGGGAGCAUUGCAGCAAGUGCCCCCAUUUACCUCCUGUCUGCUGACUCAAAGAGAGACUUUUUCUGGGAAGAUGUAACUAAGGAUUUUAAUGCAGUAUCUCCGAAAUGUGUCGACAGAGUAAGAACAGCAUUUGUACAGAUGGAUAUUACUUCCCGUAAACCGGAAGGUCUUAAACAGCUGUCAAGUACAUUUGGCCUUUGUAAGCCAAUGACUUCUAAGACUGACUACCGUCACUUCCUGGGAUGGAUUAGAAAUGCCUUUACCUACCUAGCCAUGAUGGAUUAUCCGUAUCCAACAUCCUUCAUGGGUAAUCUUCCAGGAUAUCCAGUAAAGGUAGCUUGUGGCUUGAUUCUGAACACUACUGAUGUUCUACAUGGACUAGCCCAGGCUUCAGCAAUAUUUUAUAAUGGGACAAAGCAACCUUGUUUUGACAUCUGGAAUGAUUUUAUUGAGUGUGCUGAUCCUACAGGAUGUGGACUGGGAUUUGACAGCAUGGCUUGGGAUUUUCAGGCAUGUACGGAGGUUCACCUGCCGGCAGGAAGUAACAAUAUGACCGACAUGUUUCCUGUGCUUCCAUUUACUGAUGACAUCAGAAACCAGUACUGUCAGAAAAAGUGGGGCGUGGCACCCCGAGAUUUGUGGAGUCAGGCACAGUUCUGGGCCAAUAAUAUCAAAUCAGCCAGUAAUAUAGUUUUCUCCAAUGGUGACCUUGACCCUUGGCAUCGAGGAGGGGUCAUAAAGCCACCCAAUCCCUCGGUAGAGGUGAUACUGAUUGAGGGAGGUGCUCAUCACUUAGAUUUGAGGGGCAAGAACAAAGACGACCCAUCCUCAGUCGUAGCUGCACGAAACAAAGAAAAGGCCCUUAUAAAGAAGUGGGUAUCAGAAUACAGAGCUUCAGCAUAAUUAUACUUCAAAAACGUCACUAUUUAUAAUCUAAUGUGUGUGCAAUAUAUUACUGUGAUCAAAUGUUAAAAUGAGCAAGUCAAUUACUGUAUCUAAGAUUUCUCAAUGUUGUCAAUUAAUUAAUAUUAAUUUAAGAAGACUUCAUGAUUUAUAAAACUGAGGUUCAUUUAAUUUGUCUUGUACUACAAUUGUAUGUUGAUACUUACUUUUGAUGCUGCUGUGAUUUCAUGUCAUUAUAUAUAGAAUUUUUCAUACUUUUUAUAUCAAAUAAAAAUUUUAAACAA